CACCGGCAGGCGAGGACGAUGGCUGGCUUUAAUGUCCGCAGCCUUCUGGUGACUGGGGCCAAUCGGGGAAUCGGCCUGGAGCUCGUCAAGCAGUUUCUGGAGAAAUCAAACCCACCCGAGUGGGUCUUUGCGACCUGCCGGGACCCGGAGGGAGAGCGAGCGCAGCAAUUGAAGAACUUGGUGUCCAGGCAUCCAAACCUGGUGAUCGUUGCGCUAGAAGCUACAGACCCAGCCAGCAUCAAGGCGGCAGCAACCAGAGUUGAGGAGCAUCUGAAAGGCUCAGGACUGAAUCUGUUGAUAAACAAUGCUGCGAUAGGGGGGAAUGGUACACUAGAGUCUGAGACGCUGGACGACAUGUCCCUGAUGUACACAACAAAUGUGACGGGACCCCUGCUGGUGAGCCAGGCGUUCCUGCCCUUGCUGAAGAAGGCUGCCCAGGGAAGCAACCAGAAGGGGCUGAGCUGUAGCAAGGCAGCCAUUGUCAACAUGUCCAGCGAGGCUGGCUCCAUCCAGAAUGUCUUUAUCUGGCAUUUGGGCCAAGCUAUCGCCUAUCGCUGCAGCAAGGCUGCUCUGAACAUGCUCACCAAGUGCCAAUCCUUGGGGUAUGGAGGAGACGGGAUCCUGAGCAUCGCUGUCCAUCCUGGCUGGGUGCAGACUGACAUGGGGAGCUUCAUGGCCCCAUUGACGGUGGAUGCAAGUGUCCGAGGGAUCCUGAACGUGCUCGCGACACUCUCUGAGAAGGACAAUGGGGCCUUCGUGAGCUGGGAAGGGAAAGUUCUUCCCUGGUGAGACGCCCCCUGGCCACGCGACAGGAGCCCUGGGUCAGGCCGUUCCAGUGACCGCGCUGUCAGCCGUGCCUGUGUCCUCAAUAAACCCACUGUUCCAAUGCAA